CAAAGAUGGCAGGGAUCCUUGCCUGGUUCUGGAACGAGCGGUUCUGGUUGCCGCACAACGUCACCUGGGCGGACCUGCAGAGCACAGAGGAAGCCGCCUUCCCGCAGGCGGAGGACCUCUACCUCGCCUUCCCCCUGGCCUUCUGCAUCUUCAUGAUACGGCUGCUCUUCGAAAGGUUCAUUGCUAAACCAUGUGCCUUAGGCCUUAAAGUCCAAGCCAACGGACCACAGAAAGCUCAACCUAAUGCUAUUCUGGAAAAAGUUUUCACAGCUAUUACAAAGCAUCCAGAUGAGAAGAGGCUGGAGGGCCUCUCCAAGCAGCUGGACUGGGAUGUACGCAGCAUUCAACGUUGGUUUCGACACAGACGCAACCAGGAAAAGCCCAGCACUCUUACGAAGUUCUGUGAGAGCAUGUGGAGAUUUACAUUUUACCUCUAUAUAUUUACCUAUGGAGUACGGUUCCUGAAGAAGACACCCUGGCUCUGGAAUACCAGACAGUGCUGGAACGGGUAUCCAUAUCAGCCACUGAUGCCUGACCUUCAUUAUUACUACAUAGUUGAAUUGUCAUUCUACUGGUCCUUAAUGUUUUCUCAAUUCAUUGACAUCAAAAGAAAGGAUUUUGGCAUCAUGUUUACACAUCACAUUGUAACAGUCACCCUGAUAACCUUCUCGUACGUAACCAAUUUGACACGAGUGGGAACUUUGACCUUAUGUCUCCACGAUGCGGCUGAUGUUGUCCUUGAGGCUGCCAAAAUGGCAAACUAUUGCAAGUGUCAAAAACUGAGUGACCUUCUGUUCCUUACAUUCGCCAUUGUCUUCAUUGUCAGUAGGCUUGGUAUAUAUCCUUUAUGGAUAUUAAACACAACAUUGUUUGAACUGUAUGAAGCUCUGGGCAAUUUUCCUGCCUUGUGGGUCUUCAAUGUGCUGCUUGUGAUUCUUCAAAUUCUGCAUUGUUUUUGGUCUUACCUAAUCAUAAAGGCAGCCUACAAAGCUAUAUCAAAGGGCAAGGUAGCAAAGGAUGAUCGAAGUGACAUUGAGUCAAGCUCAGAUGAGGAAGAAACAGUACCUCGUUCAAAGACCCAACACAGCACUAUCUCCACUAAUGGGACCAGCGGUGCCAACGGGACAAACGGGUAUCUCACUGGUGGCACUUGCUCAGAGGAGCAUUAAUACUUGAGUUCAAUCAUGAGGCACGAACAGAAAGAACUGUUUGCUACUGGAAGUAAAUUAUAAGUUGUGAAUGCAGUUUCUUCAUAUAUCUCAGCAUCAGAAAAAAUUAGGAGUAUCAAAGCAUUCUGAUAGCGCACUGCCAUAUUUCCUGUUUGUGAAUGAAGACAACACGCCAUUCUGUAUACGUAGGCAUGCUGUAUGUGUAUGUAACUGACACAGUGGGAGCACUAUUUUCACUUGUACUGUCUUUGAAAUAUUAUUUGUUUUGUAUUCUUUUGGGAACUUCUGGACAAAAGGGAAUAUCCAUUCUCGAACUUUAUCUCUUGGGAUUCUCAGUAGUGAAGAGCAUUAUACUCAGAUCUCUUCUGUCCAUCCCUGUUGCUUUUGCCAAGUCUGCUAUAAGUAAUAGUUGCUUGAUUUGUUACUUACAGUAAGAUAGAGCAUAGCUUUAUAUAUUCUAGAUCUGCUUCAGAUAUUUUUGCUAUCUUUGUGUUUAAAAGUGCUGGUAUUGAAAUUGCCUAUCAAAUCACAGUGGCCGUUCCUCCAACAUAAAGUUUUUAAACACUGGAUUGAUAUAUUAAAUAGUAGGUAAUGUGGGCAAUUAGCAAUUUGGGGGAAAAAAACUGUGGUAAUUGUAGGAUAUUAUUUUAGCAUAAUUUAAAAUUCAAUUUGGUGGUUAAUUGCAUUAGAAGUAGACUUGAUUUGUUGUGCAAAUACCCAAAAGCAUUGAUGUCAACAGUUAGGAUAAACUCAUUCUCACUUUCUUCUUUUUUUUCUUUUUUCUUUUCCCUUGCAUUUUUUGACCUCUGCAGAUAGUAGUGUCUUUUUGCAGAGAUUCCAUGUUGAAAGUUGUUUGUUCAAGUGCACCAUUGUGGAUCCAGACCUCACUUCUAUAACUGUUCUUGCAUGUUCAGGUGGAUGAGAGCAGGGGUGUAAUGGAAAAACCAGCAGAUGACACAUUCAUUGCUUCCUUGGACACAGUUCAGUCUAGCUAUCGUUCUUAUAAUUGCAUCACUUUCUUGGUAAGGUAACGAGAGAGAAGGCAGAAUGUCAUACAUUACUAGAAGUAGUUUAUUCUAAAUGCAUGGAAAUUUGCGCAAAAUUCACUUAACAUAAAUCACAGCAAACUCUGAACACUCAGCAGAACUUCAUCACAUCUACAAAUAAAAUAAGGGUGUCUGUAAAAUAAUUUUGCACUCCUUUUUCAUCCAAGAUCUACAAACUGUGUCCCAAAGAAGACAAACUAACACCCAAAAUAAAUAUCUUUUUAAACAUUAUGUACACACUUCUUCCAGUCUCUAGAUCAAAGUUUGAUGUAGGAUGCUAAGGAUCAUGCAAAUUUUGAGGGAUGCUUUUCUGGGAUUUGUGACAGCAGUGCCAAAAGUAGGUGAGUUUCUUGGGUAACAGACUCUAUGCAACCUCCUGUUCAACAGUAUUGUGUAUGUGCACACAGAACCAAUGUGCUUACAGACCAAAGACUGUACAUAUAUUAAAAAAAAAUUAAAAAAAGGAAGGAAAUAAAUGUAACAUUAAUGUGUCUUCUAUAUAGAAAGGGAUUGGAGUGCUGUGUUCAGCUGGAACUCUAAGACAGGAUAUCUUUCUAAUUCCUUCCACCUAUGCAAAUAGAAAAAUGCAUAUGGUUUCUGAUGCCAUAAAACACGUUUGAACAUUCUAUUUUAUACAACUCAAUUGAAGAAAGUUGUGUUUCCACUUCUUUCUUUUGAAAAACUGAGAUUUGUCACACUUGAAAAUUACUGAAACCUCUAUUAUCCAUAGGGACCUUGUGUGUUAUUAAAAAAUGUGCUAAAAGUAAGGGCAGAAUGGCAUGAAUGAAAAAUGUACCUCCACUUAGGUGGAGAUAAAGAUAAAACACUGAGAUAAAAAAUUGAGAAAUUGUAAAUCAUGGAAGCAGAGCUGUCAGUUUUACUUCCUACAGAGCAUCUUUUGAAAAAGCCAGGUAAACUUGAAAUUCAACAGUUGCAUAGCUUAUAUGAAUAUAUCUGAUUGAACAAGGGGAUCUUGCUCAAAUCUUCUCCCUCAAAAGUUUCUCUGCCUCUGUUUUUUUCUCAUCUGUCUCCUGGGCCUCUGAUUUCUUACAGUUAUCUGCAAGGCAGGUUAUACAUGUGAAAAUACACUGAUUGUCAUGGAAAGUUUUGAAGUGACAGUUGUUUAAUAAUUGUCAGGAUAAUGCCAAGAUUUUAAACCAAAAUUAUCCUGGGAUAUUAGUGGAUGAACAUUAUAAUUUCUGAAAUAUGACUUGCUAAGAGGGUAAUUGAGAAUAGCAGUUUAAACACACCUCUUUCAUGGUGUUAAUUACUACUUCCACCGGACCAUUUCCCUUCUGCAAAGCUGGUUACAAAAAUGGCAUUCUGGCAAAAUACUUUGUCUUACAUGGGGAUUGAAUAUUGUUCUGAAGUAUCAACUUAGACAACAUACAAUACAUAGUACUACCAUGUUGUUUAUACCAGGGCAGAGAGCAGUUCCCAAUUACAGUCUGUGUGCAAAAGGCAGGAGACCUUUGGUACCUCUUGGUCCUCCCCAGCUGUGCUCUAUAGUGUUGAUUCAGAUGUGCAGUCAAGGCUACAACCCUUGAGAUGAUUUACGAUUCCUGGUUACAUAUGCUUUUAGUGUGUCCUUGCUUGCAACUUGGAUUGAAACUUUCUUUGAGGUUUAAAUUCAGUUGCAUUUAUGAUGCACUAAAGCAUGUUUACAGUUGCCAUGGUUCAGCUGACUCCCAGUGAGUUAUCUCCUAUAAACCUGGCUUUUUGGAGUCCAUUCUUAGCAGCCUAGAAUAAACUUAAUACAGGUAUGUCUGGAAAAUAGGUGGGAUGGGAGAUUCAAACACAUUUGGGGAAAUGGGAUGAGAGUAAGGAAGCACUAAGAACUUUAUUAAACUUUCAAGCUGCAGAGUUUUUUAUGAAUAUUAAAAAUCACACUUUUUUUUUUCCAGUGGGAAGGACCAAGUGUUUUAGUGAUCAUAAGUGGCAGUGUGUUUAGAUUCAUUGAUUUAACCAAUAGAUGUCAAAACUUUCAGUAUCUUCUUCCACUCUGCAGAGAGAAUGUCAUGCAACUAUUUCAUUUUUCAGUAGAAUCUGUUUCUUUUCUAAAGAGCUUCGCAAGGUGCUUUUGGAGGCCAUCAAGUAUUUAGAGGAUAAUUACAUGUAUUCCUGGCAAUUGAUUGAAAUUACUGUGAUGGUUCAUGUUGAAUGCAAGAUCUUAAAAGGUUCUGUGUGUUUGUACCUUUUGUAGAAUUGUCAUUUUAGUCAUUUUAGAAAUGAGGGGUUUUAUUCUAUAACCUAUUUGUCUUCAACUUCUAUGCUCCCUUUUUAUAGUACAGUACAUGACACAGUGGUUGAGAUGUUGAAGUAGAAAAAGUAAGACAUGAUAUGUAGAGUUUAUUAGUAAAUAGUAAGAAUUUCUCAACUCUCCCUAACCAGCCCAGAAUAAAGUAAGAUUCAAGUCUCCCUUUGUUUAGCAUUUCCCAUAUUGGAAUAUUUUGUAUCCCCUACCACAAAAAAAAACAAAACCAACAAAACAAAACAAAUCAAAAAACAACCGAAAAGUGAGGUUUUGGUGGUUUGGGGUUUGUUUGGUGGUUUAUUUGUUGUGUUUUUUUGGUUGUUGUUGUUUUGUUUUUCAUAAAAAGCUAAAAACAAACAUUGCAGAAAAUGGUAGGAAUAUGUGAUCAAACAACAAGGGUGGACACUGGAGUCUUUUGGAUCUUGAUCAAUGUUAAAUAGUGCUAGUUCUAAAAUACCAAAGUGUCCUGUGCUCUUUCCUUGUUACCGUUUUGUAGCUUUUUCUGUGUGUUAUUUAAUUAUUCCAGCAGAAUUGGAACAGGUGUAACAGUUUCAUAUGUGUCUGUCUCAGCCUGUGACCAAUCUGUGCAACCGUCAAUGCCAAAUCCUUUUUCUGAGGUCCAAGUAGGUGCACUAAAGCUUUGCUUACUGUGAAGUGAUUCUUGUCUUAAAUCUGUUUCAGGUGAAAAUCACUUUCUGGUUCUGAACAGGACACAGGGGCGAAAGCUGUUACCCUGCAGUAAAUGUCAGUGAUGAUCAUUCACUGGUUGAUUUAGACACCAUGUGUGUUUUCUACAGGGUGUUCUAGUAGGAAGCCUAAUGCCCGUUUCAUUCAUCUUCUCAUUAUUGCAGCCUUCUGUAUUCUCAGAGAAAUAUGGGCUGCCACUGUUUUCUACAGUUGAUGCUUUGGUAUUUUUUAAUCUCUUUGCUACAAUUCUUUUUUGUAUGUCUCUUAUUGUCUACUUGUUGUGACAUUUGUGCGAGAGGAGCUAUCAAAUACUUUUUACCCUUCCUGUAAUGUAGACCCUAUUAGGCCUAAGUGCACUGUUCUGCAAACUACAGUUGCCUUUAAAUCAUAGAUCAAAGCCAGUUGGUAUUACUUGUUUUGACUGGUUUGAUUUGGAACAGGGACCUAAUGGGAACUUCAGUAAGACAACCUUAUUAAUUUCUUUUUUUCUUUUUUAAAAAGCACUUAUGGAAUUUUGGAAAAGAGCUGUAGGUGUAUGACCUUCAAAUUGUAAAGAUUUCUGAUUGUAGUUGCAAUGAAAACACAGAGUUUGUGUCUGUACAGAGCUCUCAGUCUUUGAAAUUGCUUUACAGAAAAAAAAACCUGGAGGAAAAACAUGUUUUGGAGCUGUGUCAAUGAUUACACAUGUCAGACAAAAGAUAAAAAUUAUUGUCUUACAUGACCUAAAAUGAUCUGCGAAAUGAAACACAUUUUCUGGCUCCUGUUGAGCUUCAGCUUCUUGCAGUCUUAACUUUUUUACAUGAGCUUUCAUACCAUACUGUGCAUGUUGACUGCCUGUUGCAAGUCAGAGUGAGGCAGAUGACACUAUUUCACCUGUGUUUUCAUGACAAUCCUGUGCUUGAGCAACUCUUUCAGAAAUGCAGUGAGUAGGAAUUCAACUGUCCCAGACACAGUGAUAUGCUAACUAGAAGUCCUUUCAUGUAUAGCUGUUGUGUAGAACUUUGGGAGUUAUUUUGUGUUUAACUCGGUUUGGUUUGGUUUGGGUUUUUUUAAAUAUAGAAAAUAAUGAUUCCUCAUGAAAACUCUGGAACUAAUCAGUAUUGUGGGCUAUUUUUAUUUGGAGACAC